AUGAAUGUUCAGCUUCCCAAAACCGCUGGUGUUACUGGCACUGCUGUUUCCAAACAGGCUUAUCGAGAUGGCAGAGACGAGGCAGAGUUAAUCUCCAUCCUUCGGCAACAUGGGAUGAUUGCUAUCAACACCUUUCAUGAUAAGCAUCGCUUUACGUACAGUCAUGCAGGGGUCAAUUCGCAGCUGGACUAUGUCUUUGCAAAAGGAUGCCAGACCACAGGCCUCUCCAAGCAGGCGCACGGUUUACAUGAUUUUCCUUUAUUGGCUGCGAGGGGCGAAGGCUCACAUGUUCCCAUCUUUGCUCAGCUACCGAAACAUUGGAGGAUCUGGAAAUAUGGUGCUGGCAUGGCGCGCAGCCAUGGCAGCAAGGCGGUCAGCCAGUAUCUUUUGCAACAUCAGCAGGAUUUGAUGACUCAUGUUCAGCAGGCAUUGCCGCAGCCGGUGACCAGUAUGAUGCAGAUUGAUCAGGCACUGCUGGAGGCACAGCAGGCUGCUACGGCCUCGAUGCCCAUCACGAAUUACUCCGCAUCUAAACCAUGGCAGGAUGAGGAGCUCCGUGGGGUGCUGAGCAGAGCUUGGAAGCAUCUCCGGCAGGCCCGCACUAACAGAACCAAAACUCUUGGGUCGCUCUUCGGUGCGUGGAGGCAUGUGGCGCAGUUCCUCCGGCUGAUACAGACAACGCGCAAGGCCUGUCGACGCCUCAGGAGACAGAAGCUGCUAGACGUCUUGAAUACGGUGCAAUCUGAAGCCCACAAGCAGGACAUGUGUGGAGUUUUCAAGAUAGUCGACCGGAUCGCUCCAAAACGGAACCGGACUAGACCGCAGUUCAGGAGCCAAAGUGGGACAGUCAUGGACGUCAGUGAGGAGGACAAUGUCAACGCUGGUUUCUUACGCCAGCUCUAUGCGAGUUCUGAGACUGAUUGCGUUGUCCCGCCUCCGGUUCUUCAGUGUCCUCUUACCCGGCAGGAAGUUCUCACGAGUUUGGAGGCCAUUCCUUGCAAUAAG